UGGCGGGGGAGGGGCGGGCGGUCCCUGAGGGAGCCGGAGGCGGCGGCGGCAGCGGCGAUGUCGGUGCAGGUGGCAGCGCCGGCCGUGGAGCUGAAGGAGCUGAGCGGCCCCAUGGAUAAGGCGGCGGGGCCGUCGUGUGAGCCGGUGACCGCUCACCCUCCCGGGCACAGCGUGGCCGCGGCCCCCUGCUCGCUGCCGGCCGCCGAGCGUGAGGCGGCCCCGGCGUCCUCCUCCUCCUGCGGCGGCGGCGGCGGCGAGCGGCCUCCGCUGAGCGGCUGCCCCGGGCUGUCCGCCGCCGCCGCGGUACCGCCGGGCGCCGCCAAGGUGCCGCAGGCUUCGGCCAUGAAGCGGAGCGACCCGCAUCACCCCCAGCACCGGCACCGCGACGGCGGCGACAGCGGCGGCGCCGCGGCCGAGGCGCUCGUCAGCCCCGACGGCACCGUCACCGAGGCGCCGCGCACCGUCAAGAAGAUCCAGUUUGCUGACCAGAAACAAGAAUUCAACAAGCGCCCGACGAAGAUCGGCCGCCGCUCGCUGUCGCGCUCCAUCUCGCAGUCCUCCACAGACAGCUACAGCUCAGCCGCCUCGUACACAGACAGCUCUGACGAUGAGACCUCCCCCCGCGACAAGCAGCAGAAGAACUCCAAAGGCAGCAGCGACUUCUGCGUGAAGAACAUCAAACAGGCGGAAUUUGGGCGCCGGGAGAUCGAAAUUGCUGAACAAGAAAUGCCGGCGCUGAUGGCUUUGAGGAAGAGAGCGCAGGGGGAGAAGCCGCUGGCCGGGGCCAAGAUCGUGGGCUGCACGCACAUCACGGCGCAGACAGCUGUUCUAAUGGAGACUCUCGGCGCGCUGGGCGCCCAGUGCCGAUGGGCUGCCUGCAACAUCUACUCUACCCUUAACGAAGUGGCCGCUGCCCUCGCCGAGAGCGGGUUCCCCGUCUUCGCCUGGAAGGGAGAGUCCGAAGACGACUUCUGGUGGUGCAUCGACCGCUGCGUCAACGUCGAAGGGUGGCAGCCCAACAUGAUCUUGGAUGACGGAGGAGAUCUCACUCACUGGAUUUACAAGAAAUACCCCAACAUGUUUAAGAAGAUCAAGGGGAUAGUCGAGGAGAGCGUGACCGGUGUCCACAGGCUGUACCAGUUGUCCAAAGCGGGGAAGCUCUGCGUCCCAGCCAUGAAUGUCAAUGACUCGGUCACGAAGCAGAAGUUUGACAACCUGUACUGCUGCAGAGAGUCCAUCCUGGACGGCCUUAAAAGAACAACGGACAUGAUGUUUGGAGGAAAGCAGGUGGUGGUUUGUGGCUACGGGGAGGUUGGAAAGGGCUGCUGCGCUGCUCUGAAGGCCAUGGGCUCCAUAGUGUAUGUCACAGAGAUCGAUCCCAUCUGUGCCCUCCAGGCCUGCAUGGAUGGAUUCCGGCUGGUGAAACUCAAUGAAGUCAUCAGACAAGUUGAUAUUGUCAUCACCUGCACAGGUAACAAGAACGUGGUGACGAGGGAACAUCUGGAUCGGAUGAAGAACAGCUGCAUCGUCUGCAACAUGGGGCACUCCAACACCGAGAUCGACGUGGCGAGCCUGCGUACUCCCGAGCUCACCUGGGAGAGGGUGAGGUCCCAGGUGGACCAUGUCAUCUGGCCAGACGGGAAGAGAAUUGUCCUCCUGGCCGAGGGCCGCCUGCUGAACCUGAGCUGCUCCACCGUCCCCACCUUCGUCUUGUCCAUCACGGCCACCACGCAGGCUUUGGCUUUGAUAGAGCUGUACAAUGCUCCCGAAGGCCGCUACAAACAAGACGUGUACUUGCUGCCUAAGAAAAUGGAUGAGUACGUGGCCAGCCUUCACCUCCCGACCUUCGACGCCCACCUGACAGAACUCACGGACGAACAAGCAAAAUACCUGGGACUGAAUAAGAACGGACCUUUCAAACCAAACUACUACAGAUAUUAAGUUCCUGCCGCUGUAUCCUAGAGAAUCGUGAGGAACAAGAACCCAAGUCUUUUCUCAACUACUGUACAGGAUCAAACAGCGCAAGCUUCCUAAGUUAGAGCCGGGCUUGCUCACAUCGUAGACAGUGUGUUUAGGUUAUUUAUUUAUUAAAUUAGGAUACUGUACAUGCGGCCUCUGCCACUGGUGUUUGUGCUGCCGCGGGACUGCGAGACGGUGGAUUUCUCUCCAUUUGUUUCAUUUUUCUCUUCGGGUUGUUCUUUUCUCGGGGCUGGGAGGGUGAGGAAGGCGGGGAAGACGCUGGAAUCGCAUCACUGAGAUGGACCUGGAAUCGUUUAGCACCGGUGAUCCGACGUGCAGGACAGGAGCGGCGGGUUCCAGCUUGGAGGGCGUGCGUUGCUGUUGGUUGUCAUCGCGUCCCUUCGGGCGGAGCAGCAUCGUGGGAGCCGCCUGGGUUCGCUUUUCUCGUGCCAUUAGACAACGCAGCAAAGAAACCUCGUUUGCUCCAAGCGCUGCCGACCGGCCGGUGGUCGAUCUCACCGGAGAAACCUCUCGUCGUCCCGCCGAGCUGCCCGGGGGACGGUGGACUUGGAGCCAGCGAGUCGCUGACCUUGGCCUUAGCGCUGUAACGAAGGAUCCGCUCGUUAGCGUCAGCGCGGCGGGAGCCGGGAGGGCAGAGGUGGCGAUGGUGGGGUAGGAGCCACCACCGCGCUCUUCGUCACAGCUCCGCGGUGUUUUCCUGCUGCUCUUGUUCCGAGUGCCAACCUCCUACGGUUCAACCAAAGUCCUGAUCCCGGUGGGGCCGCGGUGGGACAGCCCCACGACCUCGCCAAGGAACGCUGCUCACGCCUCGGCUGGGAGGACCCGUGUCCAGCUGGUCUUUCUCCAGCUGGAAUUUCAGUCCUCAUUGGAAAUCCUUGGAGUUUUAUUUUCUAGUAAUAUUUGUAUUGUUAAAAUCUCGGAAUCCCCUUUGAGUGUUUGAGACGAACACCAGAGCGAUCCCCACACCAGCGUUGUGCGCGGGGGAGGAUUCAGCAUCACUAAAACCCUUUAAUCACCUCAACUCUUGAUGCGUCAGAGCCGACGGAGAACAAAUUUACCAUAGUUUCUUGUUUUAGCCCAGGAUGUCCCACCCGAACGCUGCGGACAGCACGGCGCGCUCACAAGGUGACUUCCCAAGUCUCCGUGUCUCAUCAGAGUCGCUUUUAUGGCCCGUGUGGAGAGCCUGGUCCUUCUGAAGUAAAACUGCCCAACCCCUUGAGCACAAAAGCCUUUGUCCUGUGGCUGCUGCUUUGGUACCCGAGUCCCUCGUCAGCUACAGAUUCUUGUUUCGUCCUCACGGACUUCUUGGCCAUGACGGAAAAACUCUUGUGUGGCAUCUCGUUAGCGCACAAGAAAGGAAAAGCUUUGGAAUUAUGGUCUUGGCGGCCAAGUCCUUCUCAUGGCUCUUGAUGGUCUGAAGUCAGCUUGACCACACGCCGUUCAUCUUCAGAGCAAACGUUCUCGUAUGCUUGCUUACUCCAAGUUUCUCUUUCAAAUUUCUCAAAGCCUUGAGGUAAGACCUUGAGAAGACUUGGAGAAGACCUUAGGGCUUUGAGAAGAUUUUGAGGAGACCUUGAGAAGGCUUAGAGAAGACCUUGAGGAGACCUCAAGAAGACCUUGAGGAGACCUUAGGGCUUUGAGAAAGCUGUCGAGAGACCUGAGGGCUUUGAGAAGACUUUGAGGAGACCUUGAGAAGGCUUUGAGAAGAACUUAUGGCUUUGAUAAGACUUCAGGGAGACCUUGAGAAGACCAUAGGGCUUUGAGGAGACUUUGAGAAGACCUUAGGACUUUGAGAAGGUUUUCAGGAGACCCGGGGGCUUGGAGAAGACUUUGAGGAGACCUCGAGAAGACUUUGAGAAGAACCUGAGGAAACCUUGAGAAGACCUUGAGGAGACCUUGAGAAGACCUUAGGGCUUUGAGAAGACAUUGAGGAGACCUUGAGAAGACCUUGAGAAGGCUUUGAGAAGACUUCAGGGAGACCUUGAGAAGACCUUAGGCCUUUGAGAAGGGUUUCGGGAGACCUGAGGGCUUUAAGGAGACCUUGAGGAGACCUUAGGACUUUGAGGAGACCUUGAGAAGACUAUGAGAAGACCUUGAGAAGACUUUAUGGCUUUGGGAAGACUUUGAGGAGACCUUAGGGCUUUGAGAAAACUUUGGGAAAACCUUAGGGCUUUGAGAAGGCUUUUGGGAGACCUGAGGGUGUCGAGGAGACCUUGAGGAGACCUUAGGGCUUUGAGAAGACUUUGAGGAGACCUUGAGAAGACUAUAGGGAGACCUUGAGAAGAACUUAGGGCUUUGGGAAGACUUUGAGGAGACCUUGAGAAGACUAUGGAGAGACCUUGAAAAGACUGUGAGGAGACCUUAGGGCUUGGAGAAGACUAUGAGGAGACCUUGAGAAGACCUUAGGGCUUUGGGAAGAGUUUGAGGAGACCUUAGUUCUUUGAGAAGGGUUUCAGGAGACCUGAGGGCUUCAAGGGGACCUUGAAGAGACCGUAGGGCUUUGAGAACACUUCACCAUGGACUGAUCACUAAUCAUAAACUUUAAACCAUCUCCACUCCCUCACAAAUCUUAUCCAGAUCCUGCGAUUUUUGGGAAGAGCCCCCCGAGCUCUCUGAAACGCCACGUUGGGUCCUUCCCCACGCUGGAGACGCUCGCUCUGCAUCAACCCAGGUCUCGUUCUCCACGGUGAAGUCCCGCCCUGGUGACGGUGAAGCGCGGCCGCGGGGCCACGCCGAGCAGAAAACACCUUUUCUUUGGAAAAACGGGCGUCCCGAGCGCAGCCCCCCAGGAAACCCCCGUCCACCCCGCGCCCGCCGAGCCGCCCUCCCCGCCAGCCCCGGCCUGCCCGGUUUUAACCCGUUUUAUCCUCCAGGUAGAUAGGAUCAAUAAUAUAAUAAUAAUAACAAUAAUAAUGAAAUCCCGAGUGGCUUUUCCCACCUGGAUUUUUAAAGCUCUUUCCCAUGUCGUUCUGCUUCUCUGUCAGCUUUUCUGCUCGCUUGGCUUCUUCCUAAUCGAUCUGGAAUCAUAUCCUGUGAUCAUCUCUAAAUUAAACGUGUAAUGGGUUGGUUUGGGGUUUCUUUUAUUUUUUUUUUUUUUAAUGUAACACAUUUUUAAAGAAUUAGGAAAAAAAAAGGAGGUUUAGGUAACACCAGCAAAAUCAUAUAAGGAAAUUAAUUAUGUUCUGAACUUUAGGAAUGAUCAGACAGAACCUGCCAUCAGCCUGCAGCGAGGAAACCAGAGCUCUGCAAACAUAACAUUUCCAAAGGAUGUUUUAAAUAUUAAUGUCUGAGUGAUUGUAUUAGAUCAGCAAUAAAGACUCUGUAAUCAAAACAAAUAAAACGUGGAAAAUUCA